AUGUCAUCAGUAUCACUGGAUUCUCCAAGUGAUUCUCCAAAUAUAAAAAGUUUCGAUAAUAAGAAAGUAUCUUUCAAUCAUUUAGUAAGUUUACCAACAUCUAACGAAUCAAGUGACAUAGAAGAUGAUUAUGAAAGUCAAGCCCAUACUAUCAAUUCCAACACAGAAUUGAAUCGAUCGAUAUCAAACAAUAGUGAAAAUAAUUUGUUUGGCAAUGUGGGCAAAAAUGGAAUGGAAAACUCCGUGAGAAGGAAGAAUUCUGCUAAUUCAUUAAAGAAGUAUGGUUUAAGGAAAUUACCUAGUUAUCCUAUAUCACGAUCGAAAUCUAUAGAUAGCACUAAUAGUAAUGACUCCAAUAGCAAUUUACCUGAGUUCAAUAAGAGACCUUUGACUGAUACACCCGUGGUCUCAUCAUUUGCUAGUCCAGAUUAUAAUAGUGAAGACAUAGAGAAAGAAGACGAGAAGAAGAUUUCGAGAAUGAAGAACAUCAGUCAUUUAAAUUUGGCUGAAUUGCCUCAUACGAGGUCGAUGUCUCCUCAAGACUUAGAUCCCAAAGAAGUUGAUCCAAAGAUGAAGGAAGUUGACCCUAAAGAAGUUGAUCCCAAACAGGUGGGUCCUAAACAAAUCGACCCCAAAGAAUUAGAUUCUAAAAUGAAAGAUCUUAAAGUUUCAAAAGAAGAAUCUGUUCCUUCACAACAACCCCAACCUCCUACCGUUAUAACACCACAACCAAAUGAAAAACACGAUACUGAAACUGAACCUUUAAGGAAAACUGUUUCUGAGAUUAACCAAGCAGAAUUCAAUGAAGAAUUCCAAAUUCCUUUGCAUUUACAAGAAAAAUUCCGUAAAUCUGCAUCAUUAGAAAAACUUAAAACCCUUUUAACCACCAAACCAACGCAUAAAAAAGCAUAUACUUUGAAUAUUCCAGGUCAAACCUCAUCUAAAAUCUCCCCUGAUGGUAGAAUUGCCAAUGUUGAUGUGGGAUCAAAAUUAGUCAUUGUCAUGGUAGGUUUACCUGCUAGAGGGAAAUCUUAUAUCACCAAUAAACUUACUAGAUAUUUGAAUUGGUUACAACAUGAUUGUAGAGUUUUCAAUGUUGGGAACACCAGAAGAUUAGAUAAAGAGAACAAUAAUGGUCCUGAAGAUCGUCCUUUACCUGAUAGUAACACUCCCAAUAAUGAGACCAGUUCUCCUAAAUCUCCCCACUCACCCAAUCAUAAUGCAGAUUUCUUCAGUCCUGAUAACUAUACUUAUACUGCAUUGAGAGAAAAAUGGGCCAUGGAUACUUUGGAUCAAUUAUUGGAUUACGUGUUAGAUGGUAGUGGAUCAGUGGGGAUAUUUGAUGCUACUAAUUCCACUAAAUCUCGUAGAACUCGAGUUUUGAAAAGAAUCCAACAACGUUCUAAUGGUGAAUUGAAAGUUUUGUUCUUAGAAAGUGUCUGUACUGAUCCUAUGAUCAUUGAAAGUAACAUCAGAUUGAAAUUAUCUGGUCCUGAUUAUAGAGAGAUGGAUCCUGAUUUAGCAUUGAAAGAUUUCGUGGGAAGAUUACAUAAUUAUGAGAAGGCCUAUGAAACUAUCGAUGAACAAGAAGAAAAGUUACCUGGAUUUCAAUACGUUAAAAUGAUCGAUGUAGGUAAGAAAGUUGUUAGUUAUAACGUCCAAGGAUUCUUGGCAAGUCAAACGAUUUAUUUCUUACUUAAUUUCAAUUUAUGUGAAAGACAAAUUUGGAUUACCAGACAUGGUGAAAGUACCGAUAAUUUGAGUGGUAGAAUUGGUGGAGAUGCUCCAUUAACUAAGAGAGGUAAGAAAUUUGCCAAAACAUUAUCUAAAUUCAUGAAUUUCCAACGUCAAGAAUUCAGGAAGAAACAAUUGAAUGAAUUCUCAAAUAGAUUAGAAUUGAAAUAUUUGAAAAAACGCCAACAAAAAUCACCUGAUGAAAGUCUUGAUCAAGUAAUUGAUGAAGAUGAUCCCGAAAACCAAAUUCCUACUGAACCUAAUUUCUAUGUUUGGACUUCAAUGUUGAUGAGAGCUAUUGAAACCGGGAAAUAUUUUGAUGAUUCCAUUUAUUCCGUGAAACAAAUGAGAAUGUUGAAUGAAUUGGGAGGUGGGAAAUUCGAAGGGUUAACUUAUGAACAAAUUCUGACCAAAUAUCCUAAAGAAUAUGAAUCGAGAAUUCAAAAUAAAUUAACUUAUAGAUAUCCAGGAGUUGGAGGUGAAAGUUAUUUAGAUGUUUUAACCAGGUUAAGACCUCUUAUCACCGAAAUCGAAAGAACAACUGAUCAUUUAUUGAUUGUAUCUCAUAGGGUAGUAUUAAGAAUCUUAUUGGCAUAUUUCCUUAACCUUGAUAGAUCAGCUAUUGGAGAAUUAGAUGUUCCUUUACAUACAUUAUACUGUUUAGAAUCACAUCCUUAUGGAACUGAUUAUAGAAUGUAUGAAUAUGAUGAAGCAUUAGAUUGGUUUGUUAAAGUUGAACCUGAACAUCAAAAGAAUGUUAAAGAAGUAGGUGUUGUUUUUAAAGAACGGAAAUAUUCCGUUGUUCCCACUGCUCCUCCCAGUCAUAAUUCCGCACCUCCCAACAGAUUAUCAGUAAGACAAAGCUUGAGGAGAAGUUUAAGUCAAGGAUUUUCUCGAACUGAAGAAGAAGAUGAAAGUUUAAGUCUGAAGAAAUUAAAUGACUUGAACAAAUUGAGGAAACCCUAA